UUCUUGUUCAUCUUCUUCAACCUUCACUCAGUUAUCAACUGCCCCAAUAACCAAACCACCAUUUUAACGGUUACUCACCUUCUUUAAAUUCAUCAACAAAUCAAACCACACUUUCACAACCCAAACAUGAAGAAACACAAAGGAAUCGAAACCCAGAUCAACCCCUUCGAUUUCCUCUCAGAAGAAAUCAUUUUCACAAUCUUGGAUUACCUCAAACCAAACCCAUUUGAUCGAAAAUCAUUCUCCUUAGUUUCAAAAUCAUUCUACUCAAUCGAAUCUCGUCACCGCAGAGCAUUGAAACCCUUUCCUCGUACAACAAACGAUCAUCAUUAUCACCAAUUGAAAAAGCUCUUAAACCGUUACCCAUUUGUAACCCACCUUGAUCUCACCCUAUGUCCUCGAGUAACCGAUGGGUGUUUGUCAUACACGUCGAAUUCGUGUGGGAAAGACUUGAAAUCCAUCGAUCUUUCUCGGUCUAGGUUCUUUACCCAUGUGGGGUUGGGGAAUUUGGUCUCGAAUUGUGUGAAUUUGGUUGAGAUUGAUCUGUCGAAUGCUGUGCACAUGAAUGACACUGCGGCAGCUGCGGUUGCGAGUUGCCGGAGUUUGGAGAGGCUCUGGUUGACGAGGUGUAAGGGGUUGAGUGAUAUUGGGAUUGGGUGUGUAGCUGUUGGGUGUUUGAAGUUGAGGGUUUUGAGUUUGAAGUGGUGUUUGGGUGUUAGUGAUUUAGGUGUGGCUUUGAUUGGUGUUAAGUGUAAGCAGAUUAGAAGCUUGGAUCUUUCUCACUUGCUGAUCACCAAAAAAUGCUUGCCUUCACUCUUGAAGUUGCAGUAUCUUGAAGAAUUGGUUUUAGAAGGAUGCUGUGGGAUCAAUGAUGAAAGUCUUGCAUCUGUUAAACAAGGGUGGGUGUCGAUGAAGUCGUUGAAUAUGUCGUAUUGGGAGAAUGCUACUCAUGUGGGAGUGUCUUCACUAACCAGCAGCGCCGGUUGUCUUCAGAACCUUAAUUUAGCAUACGGGCCACUGGUGACUGUUGCUCUUUCUGAAAGUCUACAAAAGCUUUCAAACUUGCAAUCAAUCCGGUUAGAUGGUUGCCAAGUAACGUGUUCCGGACUCAAGGGCAUUGGCAACUGGUGUGUGUCACUCAAAGAGCUAAGCUUAAGUAAGUGCAUGGGGGUGACAGACGAUGGUCUUUCAUCUAUUGUCACCAAACACACCGAAUUGAAAAAGUUAGACAUCACAUGUUGUAGAAAGAUAACGCGUACUUCAAUUUCCCACAUCGCGAAAUCUUGUGGGUCCCUUGUUUCUCUCAAGAUGGAGUCUUGUACCCUUGUUUCCUCGGAAGCUUUUGUUUUGAUAGGGCAGUAUUGUCAUUUUCUUCAAGAGCUUGACCUUACUGAUAAUGAUGUUGAUGAUGAAGGGCUAAAGUCAGUUUCAAGAUGUUCUGAACUAUCUGUAUUGAAGCUUGGGAUAUGUCUAAAUAUAACGGAUGAGGGGCUUAUUUUUAUCGGGAAUGGAUGCAAGAAACUAAUAGAGCUCGAUUUAUACAGGUCAAUUGGACUUACGGAUAAAGGCAUUUCUGCGGUUGCUCGUAGGUGCACCGGCCUUGAAAUGAUCAACAUUUCUUACUGUGAAAACAUCACUGACAGCUCAUUGAUCUCUUUAUCAAACUGUUGUAAACUAAAUACACUUGAAAGCAGAGGAUGCCCUCUAAUUACAUCUUCAGGGCUAAAAUCCAUUGCGAUUAGAUGCAGACAACUCACAAAGCUAGAUAUUAAGAAAUGCCUCAAUGUUAAUGACUCGGGAAUGAUCCCACUCGCCCAUUUUUCACAAAACCUUAGACAGAUUAAUUUGUCGUAUAGCUCUGUGACGGAUGUUGGGUUGUUAUACCUUGCUAGCCUUGGGUGUUUGCAGAGUUUGACUAUUCUUCAUAUGGAUGGUUUGACUCCAAGUGGACUGGCAGCUGCAUUGUUGGGAUGUGGAGGGCUGGCUAAAGUGAAGCUCCAAUCUUCGUUUAGAACUUUGUUACCAAGAUCUGUUCUUGAGAAUUUAGAAGCUCGUGGCUGCGUUUUCCAAUGGAGAGACAAAGUAUUUCAGGCUGAAUUGGAUCCAAAAUGUUGGAAGCUACAAGCAGAAGAUAUUGAAUAGGAAUUUGCCUGCGGAUGAGGUGAUGAACUAUUAUCAUCUUGACUAGAACAACCAUAAGCGCUAGCCUAAAGGUAGAUAGAUGCUUUGUGGGAUCCUGGAUGCUUGUAAAUCUUGGGUUCUUUUGUAUUAUGACAGACUCAAGACAGACUGUACAAAUUGGACUAAAGAGUGUUCCUCUUGGAUAACAUCACUUGUUUUCUAUAAAAUUGUAUUUUAGGAACGGA